AUGAGAAAUCUAAGGGCCGAAAUCAAUGGAGACCAUCACAAGUGGUUUUGGUCGGUUCAUUUCCUCCGUCUCCCGUCUCCCCUAAAACCCUCGCCGUCGAGCUCCCGGCUCCCACCUCCGUCGCCAUCGCCGGGAAGACACUUCAGUGAUGGCUUUGGCUCGCCUCAGGCAGUCUCUUGCCCGCCUCCUCCACCGCCCUCUCUACCUCCCUCCGACGCCACCGCCGCUCGAAUAUUACCAUGCCUCCGUUGUGCGAUCCUUCGCUCCGACCCACACAGGCGCAUGCUUAAAAGGUUUUGCAAGCCUGACCUACAAUGCCAGCAGCAUGAUUGGCCACAAGCUCGGCGGGCCAUCGCCCGUCCACAUUGUGAAGGUUCUGGAUCUUGUUGUCCAUCUGGAUCAUACUAGACUGAUGUCAACAGCAGCAGCGUCAAAGCCAAAGAUGCCGUCUGCUCGUGCCCGAAGGGUUAGUCGGAAGCUUGUCAUGACGAGUCCUGGUUUUGUAUAUGAGCCAUACAGCCCUCGGGAACGCAUUCCCUUCUGGAAAAGAUGGUUCACAUUAAGUGGCUGGAGAAGGACAAAGGAGGACAUCAUUUUUGAGAUGAAGAACGCAUAUGCCGUUUCAAGGUUGAGGAAGAAAACUGGGUAUACCAAAAAGCAAUUCUAUGCUGAAGCAUUAAACAUAUACAAGGAGGUUAACACUCUGAUGGCACAUGGAGACACGUCGGCACUCCGGAAAAUUCUGACAGAGAGGAUGCAUUCUACUAUAAAAAAUGAACUAAAGAGAAGGCAAUCCAAGUGGAGUUCUGUACAUUGGGAACUGGUGGAGCCUGCCGUGAGUAUCAGAACUUUGAGGGCUCGUAUGAUUGGCCUCGAUAAGAAGGACCUGGAUAAAGGUUUUGUACAGCUUACACUUGAGUUCGUCACCAAACAGAAAUUUGAAGCCUAUAAUUCAAAGGGUGAGGUUGUGUCUGGAGACAAGUCAAAGGAGGUACUCGUGAAAGACAUAUGGGUGUUUGAGAGAUCACUUUUUCAUCCUGGAGCAUAUUGGCGUGUAUGCGGAAGGAUUACUCUGUAAUAAUAUCUGUUUGGCAAGGACAUUUCCGUUCUGAAUGAACUGAACGGAGCCUUUUGGUUGCACAAAGGGUUCUCAAUAAAUUUUUGCCCUGAGCUAUUGUUUCUCUCCAGUCUAACUGAUGUCUAACAGGAUCGUCAGACACACAGAUAUAGUGGUAGUCUUUAUAUUUUGUUCUCUUUCUUUAUGAUUUUAUUAGCAGAAAACAGUGUUGUCUUCACGCUUUUGUUAGAGAACUACCUUGGGGGCGUACUGACCCCUUUGAAAGUUUUUCAUAUCUUCACCAGA